AUGAACUCAACACAAUUUCACUCAUUUAUACUUGCUGGAUAUAGUGAUAUUGGACGGUUAAAGUAUUUUUAUUUAUUCAUAAUAACUGCAUUAUAUAUCUCUAUAUUGUUUGCCAACACAUUGCUUAUUGUGGUUAUAUGUACAGAGAGAAGCCUUCACAAACCCAUGUAUCUGUUUCUGUGUAGUUUGUUUGUAAAUGACUUGUAUGGAAGCACUGCUUUGUUUCCUGCUCUCAUGACUAAUUUGGUUUCAGAUGACCAUUCAGUUUCCACUGUGUACUGUUAUCUACAGAUCUUUUGUAUAUAUACGUAUGGAUCAAUUGAAUUAAGCAAUUUAGCUGUAAUGUCCUAUGACAGGUACCUUGCUAUAUGUUAUCCACUACAGUAUAAUGUUCUUAUGGCACCCAAGAAGGUGUGUAUAUUAGUUUGUGUAACAUGGUUAUUUACUUUCGUUAAUGACAUCAUACAUCUGUCUCUAACUCUUCGUUUGCAACUGUGUGGAAAUGUUAUCGAAAAGCUGUACUGUGACAACUACCUUGUAGUAAAACUAGCCUGUUCAACUUCAGACAUGACAGUUAAUAACAUCUUUGGACUUUGCGGUUUUGUUGUGUUGUUUGCUGUCCCUUUAUUUACAAUUUGUCUCUCCUAUAUUAAGAUUCUGACUAUUUGUUUGAAGUCUUCUACUGAGAACCGACAGAAAGCUUUCAACACCUGUACUCCUCAUCUGGCAUCACUGCUUAACUUCUCUUUUGGCUGUUUCUUAAUUUUGAUCCAGAGUAGAAUUGAUAGACCAAGGCAAAAUGUUCCAGCUGUACUUCACACUGUUCUAUCAGUGUAUUUCCUGAUGUGCCAGCCACUUUUCAAUCCAAUUGUGUAUGGAGUUAGGAUGGAUAAAAUUAGACAGGCUUGUAAAAACAUACUAUAA